GAAAGAGAGGGGACCAGCGGGUCGCCCCAUUUAGCUAACAAACCCGUAACUACAAAAACCGCCCGCCCUCACCAUCUUUAUUGUCCCCCUCUUCACUUCUUUAAAUCCUGGCUAGCUUAUUUUGACUCCCUCCAUUUUCUCAUUAUCAAAAUCCAACACAAAAAUCUAGCUUAAUACAACACUUUAAGAUUGUUUCUUAUUACCUUAGCUCUGUUUUUAAGCUUCAAAAUGGCGGAUAUGGAGGGAGAUUGUAGAGGAGUACCGGAGAAGGAAGUUGAUGUUGCUGAAGAGAUCAAGGUUAGGGAAGACAAUAAUACUAGUAAUAAGAUACUGAAUCAGCAGGAGAAAAAGAAGAAGAUGAAGAAAAAAAAGAAUAGAAGAUCAUUGAGUUUGCCGAGAUUUGGAUGCUUGAGAACGAAAUCCCACGAGAACGGAGGUGUCGAUAUGGAAGUCCAGUUUCCGGGAGAGCGUAACAAUCCUACUCAUCUAGUUAUCAUGGUUAAUGGCAUCAUUGGCAGUGCUCAGAAUUGGAGAUUUGCAGCGAAGCAGCUUUUAAAGACGUAUCCUGAGAAUGUUAUUGUUCAUUGCAGUGAGCGCAAUUCUUCAACGUUGACAUUUGAUGGUGUCGAUGUAAUGGGCGACAGAUUAGCAGAGGAGGUUAAACUUGUCAUAAGCUGUCACCCAAGUGUUCAGAAGAUUUCUUUCGUUGGUCAUUCAUUAGGUGGCCUUGUAGCAAGGUAUGCCAUUGCGCGGCUUUAUGAACAAGACCUAACUCAAGAAACUUCUCAAACAAAUGGAGAUUGUGGAACUGACCAUUUGGGAGAUAAAGAUUUAUGCCCUGAAGGGCAAUUAAAAGGCAAAAUUGCUGGACUAGAGCCCAUGAAUUUCAUUACAUUUGCAAGUCCACACCUUGGGUCUCUGUGGCAUAAACAGGUUCCAUUGUUCCGUGGCUCCCGUGCACUUGAAAAGUUUGCUGCUCGAAUAUCGUGGUUGCUUGGUAGAACUGGAAAACAUUUGUUUUUGACCGAUGGAAAGGAUGGAAAACCACCACUUCUUCUUCGGAUGGUCAACGAUUGUGAAGAUCUUAAAUUUAUUUCUGCUCUGGGGUCCUUCAGGCGUCGUGUUGCGUAUGCAAAUGCAAGUUUCGACCAUAUUGUUGGGUGGAGUACCUCUUCCUUACGGCGACGAAAUGAACUUCCUAAGAUCAAACAUCUUCCAAGAAGUGACAGAUACCCACAUGUCAUUAAUGUGGAGCCAGCAAAAACAGCCACCCUUGAUGAAACCCCCAUUGAGGCCAAAAUCAAUGGAGAUGAGAAGAUAAACAUGGAAGAGGAAAUGAUAAGAGGUUUAACAAAACUCAGCUGGGAACGGGUUGAUGUAUACUUCAAAGGAAGCCGUCAAAGGAUUCUUGCACAUAGUACCAUUCAGGUUAAAAGCUACUGGGUUAAUUCGGAUGGAGCUGAUGUAGUCCAACAUAUGAUUGACAAUUUUCUCUUAUAAGAGGUCCACAUUUGUUAUCUAUUACCAUAUCAUAAAUUGCCAAACUGUCGGCGCGAGGUUGGAACGUGGAAAUUUUUUUAUUACAAAGAUGUCGUUAUCAAAGGCGUACAUGUAAAUUUAUUAUUGGCAUAUGUAUAUAGGUAUUUAAUAACCGUAGCUGUCUUAUACGUGUUCAAAUAUUGUAAACCAUUACUUAGUUCACAGGGCUCUCAACCUGGUUUAUUUCCAGUCAGAAAA